AUGAGUGUGGUGGCGUCGGAGAACCACAUGCCUGAGGAGCAUUGCAUUGUAAGCGACCUCGAAAGAGCUUUAGACCAUUCAGAGGAUUAUACAUUUAAUGUACAUAAUUAUCAAGCUAUCCAAAAUGCAUUGGACGCAGAUAAUAAUAUUCAAAUACCAGUGGUGGAAAAAUUAUUAUCGAUUUGUGUACGAGAACUCAAAGAAGAUAUGAAGUAUACAAGUAACAUAUUAAAUAUUAUAUCUACAACAUUGAAAAAAAUCAAGGAUGUGCAACUUUUACCUCUGCCAGACUUAGUGCCUUCAGCAGUAGGAGUGUUACAUAUACUUAAAACUACUGCUCUUUUUAACAAAGUUGAAGCAUUGAAAGCAUUAUGUUUCGAAAUUAUUGUGUCCUAUCCAGAUGAGACUUUAAUUUCAUUAGUUGUAAAUCAAUCUAAUGAAUUAAUGGAUUUAUUUAAUUUAUAUUGCCAUCAAAGAGUACCUCUUAAAAUCAGAUUACAGAUUUUAAAUAUCAUUUCAAAACUACUUAAAAUCUUGCCGCCAGAAAAGAGAGCAACUUUUGUAAAAGAGGGUGUCAAUACAUGGUUUUCAAAAAUUAUACCAUUUAUAAGUAUUACUUCAGCACUCCCUCAAGUAUUAGAUGUAAUAGAGAUGUUGACAGAAGAUUUAGUGCAUAUCGAUUACAGUGACAAUCCACAUUGGCGGGCUGUACUGGAAAACAUAUACACCCCACAAAAAUACCCAGCUGUUAUGAAAAGUUUGUUGGAAUCUAACAAUGAACACUGGCAUAGACUAUGGAUGAUUUUUAUUAAACUGUUAAAAAGCCAAAUAACUAAAAGCACCAGCAACACAGGAAGUCCUAUAAAUUCAAUGUUGCCCGUUGUCGAAAUGGCAUUUAAAAUGGAUGUUCAAAAUAGAUGUAAAGCUUUCUUAUGCUGGAAUGUUUUAAUAGACAACUUCUCUACAGAAACAAAUGAAAUGUACAUAAAUAAAAGAAUAAAAUUGUUAGUUAUUCCUCUAACAUCUAAUAAUGCUAAAGUCGAAGAAACUGCUCUUGCAAAGCUAAAUACAUGGUGGCAUUUAAUUACUCGUUUUUAUGGACACUUGGAUAAAAUAUCAAAUAUUGUAUUAAUACCAUUUCUAUAUUUUUGCUUUGGAAAGUUUGCAUGCGACAAACCAGUGCUUAUACCUGGAAUGAUAUCUGAAAAGACAAAAGCUCAGUGCGUUCAAGCCUUUAUUAAUAUAAAUGGUCACUCAAGUUGUGAAGGAUGUGUGAAUUUUCCUAAAUUAAAGGGAAAAUUGUUGACCACUACAUUAAUAGUAGAUCAUUGGCAAGAUUGGAUUCAUUUCUUGAAUGUCACAUUUAAAAUAUGUGCGGAAAAUAAGGAUUUUACAAACAGACAGAUUGAGUGUGUUUGGAGGUCUUUUGUAUUGACCAUUGGGGAAUUACCAGAAAAUAAUAUUAGACGAGAUCUCUUCCUUGCAGUUAUAGGACUAUUAGACAAGCUUUCUGAGGGAUGCAACGAGAGAAUGAAUGAUAUUAUCCUAAAUGUUCUCAUUUUAUUCUUACUAGAUAAUAUGAGAAUAAGGCCUUUGUUGUUAACAAAAGAUGAGCAGUCACCAAUCCAUAAGAUUGUUCAAGUUAUAUUAAAACUGCCAAUUAAUAACUUAGAUUACAGGCAAACAAUAAAUAACCUGAAGCCUUUAACAAAUCUCUUGAUAAGUGAAGCAUUUACUGCGUCAAGUCACACAAUUGAGAGUAUAUUGAAGGAUUUGCCAUCAAAUGGCCUGAUCUUCUGGGUGGCACUAGCAGAGACAAUGUGUGCAAAGUAUUAUGAUCUAUGUCAAAGAAUGCUAUGUAAAAUGCUGUUGUGGCCCUUACAAUAUAUGGAGUUAUUUACCAAUGAAAAACUUGCAACUUCAGCAUGGAUCAAUUUAUACAAAUUUGUAUAUACUAAACUAUAUAAAACAUCCAUUAAUGAUGAUCUUUUCAAAAUACUCAUGUCACAUGACGGUAGUGUGACUUCCAACAAGUUUAUUAUAAAUGCUUCAAUCACAGCUGCACAAAAAAAGAUUGAUUUAAAUGAUGGCAAUUUUGAAAAUGAAGCUGAAUGGUUUCUAAAGGCGAUGGUUAAAGUAAAUGUAUACAAAGAUAUUGAAGAUAUACAUCCAGAUAUAUCCCAAGUAGUCAUAAAUAUGAUUAAAAAUUUAUGUGCUAAGACAAGCGAAGUCACUGCAAAGCAUGUGAUACUCAUUAUUGAACACAUGCUUAAGUUAUUUAAGCAAUGUACUAAAGAAAACGUGUCGGAGGAUCAUAUUAUGCAAUUGGAACCAAUAUUUGAAAAUUUAAAAGUGUUUUUGAACAACAAAGACUAUUCAAAACUAAUAACACUUUUGCUUAAUGAAUUAAAGAGUUUUGCUGACUUUGCUAAAAAUAAAAAGUCUUUAAGAGAACACAUUCUUAAUAUCUUAAAUACUGGUAAAGACGACGCUUCAGUUAAAGAGGUUAUUGAAAUAUUAAACGAAAAUGUUGAACAAAAAUCCAAUGAUGAAAAUCAAAAGUUGGAGCAAAAUAAAUUCACAACUCCUUGUGGGAAACCAGUUGCUAAGAAAUCUAAAAGGAAAGAGGCCAAUAUUGUGAAUACUGUUGUUGAAAAUGGCGAAGAAUUCGUAGUAGUGAAGUCCAAUUGGAAGUUUAACCCAAGAAAAUUGACAGAUAAUCAAAAAGAAAAGUUUCAGAGGAAAAGAGAAGACAUACCAGCUUUAUAUCAAGACUUAUCGCAAUCUCAAGAUGAAUUCAAAAUGAAUGCAUGGAAAACAGAUUCCCAAGACACAACAACUACUACAAGUAAAUCAAAUAAUGCACCCGGUAAUGAUGAUGUUACAACAAUCCUGAAAAAUAUGCCAAGUUCUGAAUUUGUUCCAAAAAUAUUAGAGAACAUUAUCGGUAAAGAUAAAGUAGUCGAUUCAGAAGAUACAACUGCGAAAGAUAAAUGUAAGAUGGAUAGUAAAACUGAGAGUAAAAAUGAUUCAAAUAAAUUGCAAAUUGUAAGGGAUACAAAGUCACCACGUCUUGCGUUAAAAGACCGUGUCUUCAAAAAUGUUAAGAGCUUAAUGGAAAAAUCUAAUGUAAAUAAUGAAAAUAGUAUUGCUAGUUCUAAUAUAUCCGAAAAUAUACCGAAAACGCCAACAAUAACUAAAUCGAAACUUCAUAGUAACGUAAUAAAUUCAGCGCCAACAUUAAUUAGUGCAGACAGACCAUCAAGACUUAAAAGGAAGCCCAAAAAAUUUGAAGACUUACAAAUAUUUGGUUUAAAAAAGAGACGCCAUUCUUUAGGCCAAAGUGAUUCUCAAACUGACGGUGAAUCAAGUGGCAAUAAUUCUCCAGACGUAAAUAUUUUAGAAAAACUUAUAAAUGAUGAAGCUGUUAGUGAGAUUAGAGCAAAAGGAACCACAAAUACGGAAAUUAAAGAUGUUCCUAAAGAAACAUCUAUUCCCGAUACAAAUGAGACUUGCGCUGAUGUUUCUAUGGAACCAUCUAAAGCUGAUGUUAUAUUAGAUGAAAAAAUGGAAAAUACUGAUUAUACCGCUAAAGAACCAAGUGAAAAUAAAAUUGAUUUAAAUUCUAAUGCAAUGCAAAUUGAAGAACAAGAAACGAUAACUCAAACACCGGAAGUGCCCGCCGAAAGCGCUGACAAAAAUCUACCUAAGCCGAAACCUGAAAAAAAUCUAUCCACACCGACACCUGACAAAAGUUUAUCUACAUCAAAACUUGACAAAAAUUUAUCUACGCCAAAACCUGACAAAAAUAUAUCUACACCAAAACCUGACGAAAAUAUAUCAGCACUUAAAGUUGACAAAAAUCUGUCUACGCAAAAAUCUGAUAAAAGUCUAUCUACACCAAAACCUGACCAAAAUCUUUCAACACCUAAACCUGACAAAAAUCUAUCUACAUCUAAACCUGAUAAAAAUCUGUCUACACCUAAAACAGAGAAAAAUAAUUUAACAGACGUUCCAAAAUCUUCAACUAAAAAGGCUAGUUCUAAAAAAUCUCGCAUUGAAAAGGAACUAGCAAUAGACAUGGUUGAAGGGCAUCCAUUUUUAAACACAUCUCAACCUGAAAAGCGGCUCACCAGAAAAGCUAUUUUAAAUUCACCUUGUACAAGAAAAAAUCUAACAGAGAAAUCAAAUAAGAAUAAAACCGAAAAAAAAGUUAAUGAAAAAGAUAAAUCUGUAUCGAUCAAAGAAACACAAAACAACACUGAAGACAUUCUAGAAUCUCAAGACGUUAUUGAAAGUUCACAAGAAUCUGCAAUAACUACAAUAUCAGUUAAAUCAAAUAAAACGCCUAAAAAGGACAUGGUUAUCGUUCUAGAAGACCUGAAUUCGAAGGGCCAAGAAACUCAGAGUUUGAUCGAUGACAUCGAACCAAAUGACGCCGAAAUUAGUAGUAAAGAUGAUGUAGAAUUAUCCCGCAAUAGGACUGUAGAUGAUCAAAUGCUAAUAGAUUUAACAGAAAACAUGGACACUGAACCGAUGAGUGAUAAUUUUGAUAUUAUUGUUAUAAAUGAUGAUGAAGAUCAAACCGUAAAUGAAACUGAACCAGAUCAAAACGUGCAAAAUACAGCGGAAGCCAUAACACAAACCCUAGAUUCACAAACUUUUGUAAAAGAAGCUGAAAAUGAUAACAUAGAACUGAUCGAUAACACAGAGAAUAUUCCCGUAGGCGAAAAUACCUCAAAUAUGGAUAAAGAUGUAAUAAUUGCGUCAUUAUCGGCUACUGCAGAUGACGUCACAAAAACUAUGUCUGAAUCUCAAUUGGCGAAAGAUUCUCCUUUCAAAGACGAAGAGCAAAGGAAGAUGGACUUUAUGAAUAAUACGUUAGAAAUAUCACCCAUAAAAACCUUAAGUCCGGUUAAAGAAAAAAAAUCUCCUCCAGAAAGCAACGACUAUGUUGUAAUUAAAUUAUCCUCACCAGUACAAGGCAAUGGGGAGCCGUUCGAAAAGUGUGAAUCGCCAGAAAUAUUUACUGAAGAAAAAUCUCCUCCAAGAGACCAAUCGCCGGUGAGAGAAGAGUCUAAUGCAAAUAAUACAAGUCCAAGUUCUUCUUUAUCUUUGAAGAAGAACAGACCUCAAGUCCGUUCAAAUGGUCGGGCGGCACAAAUGUUAGGGCUUUGCGUCCCAGAUAUGCUUAUUUCUGAUGAUGAUAAGAAAAGUCCAUCCGUUAACUCAUCAGCUCGAAGGAAUUUAAGAAUUAUGUACAACGCUAGUUCAGAGCAAAGUGAAAGUGUCGAUGAAAGUGAGGGAAGUGAGAAUUUCCUUAGAUUAAAGAGAUUGUUGCCUUCAACGGAUUGCAGUCCUUCGGGGCCUAUAUUGAAAAGGAAGUUGGCAGAUAUCACUGAUGAGGCGACUGCGUCACCAGCCAGCAAGAGAAAACGAGUAAGUUUUCACGAUCCACCAGUAUCUACUACCAUAUGUGUUAAGAAGUACAUCGAGCCAUGCGGUGUGAGGUCUCCACAGAACUCUGCUAUAAAGCGACAAGAAAGACUCCUUAGAUCACAACUACCUACAAAAUCACCUAAAAGACUGGAAAACGUUUUCAAAUUGGACUCUGUUUUAACAAAAACUGUUGAAAGUUUCUCCAAUAAUACAACACCAGAUACAGAAAUGAGCUCGUCAGAAGCAACUCCUGUAGUGGAAGUAGUCCAAACAAGUGAUCUAAAUGAUAUAGACCCAUUAUGUCCCGAUUUAAUUGAUUGUAAUGACUCCAUAUCAAACAUUGCUACAGAAUUAUCAUCGCCAGCCAUGAAAGUAUUGUUAAUUAAAGAAUUCGAAGGUAAAAUAGACACAGUGGGAGAUUUGGCGAAAUUAACAGAGUUAGAAGUAAAUAGACUGUGUAUAAAAACACCAAAAGUACAGACAGCAAGAAAAGUUUUAAUAGAAUAUUUGAAUAAAAUAACCCAACAAAAGCUGGUCAAAGAAACCGAUGUACCUGAAAAUAAGUCUGUGGAAGUUCAAGCUAAUGUUUUAGUUGAGAAUAUGGGAAUGCAAACUGAGGAGUUGGUGAUACAAUCAAAUACUACACAAACUGAGCUGCCUUUAGCUAUAAGUUGCAGUGUACAGACCGACCAAUCGGGGAGUUGUAGUACUACUGAUAUUAUAUCUAAUUGUAUAUCUGAGAGGACAGAUUUCGUUGAAAAGCUAUGUGAGAAAAUGGAUGACGCUUCAAAACUAAGGAUCGCCGACAAUUUGUCUUUCAAUGAUCUAACUGACACAUUAAUGAACAAACUCACACCAACAAACUCCAGUAACAUAAUCAACAGAGUAAUAGAAGAACAGAGUAAACAUGACACGAAAAACAAAGACAAUGCUAACAGAAAGCUCUGUAUCAUCAAAGAUUAUCUGUGCGAUAAUUUCGAAUCUAAAGAUUUGGUUUUACUUUGUAGUGAUCUUCUAAAGAAAGUGUAUGACAAGUCAUUA